AAACAGCUGAUUAGCCCGGCAUUUUUUGUGCGAAUUGUGAAAUAUUUUUGAAGCCAUGUCCGAGACUGCAGCGGAAAACACAGCCGAGGCAGAUGCCGAUGCUGAGGCUGGCAAAGAGCCGUCCCAGGAGACGGAUACAAGAAAUCUGCUGGAGUCAGCUGCAGCUGUGCAGGAGGAUGAGGAGCUGGCCAACGUUGUCACCGCCGAGGAGUAUUUGAUGAGCAAAGAUGUCGUCCUGCUGGAGUACGAGAAGCAAAUGUUUCUCGAUCUGGUCCAUGCAGACGGCCUGCUGGUGUGUGCCAAGGGCCUGAGCUAUGAGCGCGCUCUAGUUCACAUUUUGAAGGCGUUCAGCGACGCUGGAAACCUAAUCCUUGUCAUCAACGGCUCCGACUGGGAGGAGCAGUACUACAAAUCGAAAAUGGAUGCCAAGUACAUCCACGAGGUGGCCAAUACGGCAACGGAGAGGGAGCGUGUUUAUCUGGAGGGAGGCCUUCAGUUCAUCAGCACCCGCAUCCUGGUGGUUGAUCUGCUCAAGCAGCGCAUCCCCAUCGAGUUGAUCAGCGGCAUAGUGGUGCUGCGAGCCCACACCAUCAUCGAGAGCUGCCAGGAGGCGUUCGCCCUGCGCCUGUACCGGCAGCGCAACAAGACGGGCUUCGUGAAGGCCUUCUCCAACAGCCCGGAGGCCUUCACCAUCGGCUACUCGCACAUCGAGCGCACCAUGCGCAAUCUGUUCGUGAAGCAGCUGUUCAUCUGGCCCCGCUUCCAUGCGACAGUACGCGGUUCCCUCAAGCCGUGGCAGGCGCAGACCAUCGAACUGCAUGUGCCACUCAGCCAGCACAUGACCUCCAUCCAGACGCACAUCCUGGACAUAAUGAACUUUCUGGUGCGCGAGAUCAAGCGCAUCAAUCGGAACGUGGACAUGGAGGCCGUCACCGUGGAGAACUGUGUCACCAAGAAGUUCCACAAGAUCCUGCAGGCGCAGCUGGACUGCAUCUGGCAUCAGCUCAACUCCCAGACGAAGCUGAUUGUCGCCGAUCUCAAGAUCCUGCGCAGUCUGAUGAUAUCCACCAUGUAUCACGAUGCUGUGAGCGCCUAUGCCCUGAUGAAGCGCUACCGCAGCACGGAGUAUGCCCUGAGCAACUCGGGAUGGACGCUCCUCGAUGCCGCCGAACAGAUCUUCACGCUGUCCAAGCAGCGCGUCUACAAUGGCCAGCAGGAAUUCGAGCCUGAGCCCUGCCCCAAGUGGCAGGCACUGACCGAGCUGCUCACGCAGGACAUUGCCCAGGAGAAGCAUCGCUUGGAGCAACCCAAAGUGCUGAUACUCUGCCAGGAUGCGCGUACCUGCUUUCAGCUGAAGCAGUACCUCACCCAGGGCGGGCCACGCUUCCUGCUGCAGCAGGCCCUGCACCACGAGGUGCCCGUGGGCAAUCUGAGCGACAAGUAUGCCCGCGAGAGUCAGUCCAUUUCGGCAGGAAAACCAGCAGCAGCAGCAGACCCCACCAAAUCAGGAGCCAGUGCGGUGGAUGCCUCUCAGCCUCCAGUGGCUGCUGCUGCUGCUGCUGCUGGCAUGGAUGAGCUUGCGCAGCUGCUGAGCGAAACGGAUGCGGAGGCGCAGCAUUUUGAGGAGAGUUACAUGCUGACAAUGACCCAGACACAGCUGCAGCCACAGGAGCAGCCAGAGGAUGCGGAUCCAAAUGCUUCCAUUUUCGAAACGAUACCCGAACUCGAACAAUUCGAUGUGACGGCUGCCCUCGAGGCGGCGGCCCACCGCAAGCAGCCCUACGUCUGCCUGCAGACCUUCAAGACUGAGCGCGAGGGCUCGAUGGCCCUGGAGCAUAUGCUGGAGCAGCUCCAGCCGCACCAUGUGGUCAUGUACAACACCAAUGUGACGGCCAUACGACAGCUGGAGGUGUUUGAGGCGCGUCGCCGACUGCCGCCCGCCGAUCGGAUGAAGGUCUACUUCCUGAUCCAUGCACGGACCGUCGAGGAGCAGUCGUAUUUGACGAGCCUAAGGCGCGAGAAGGCCGCCUUCGAGCUGAUCAUCGAUACCAAGAGCAAAAUGGUUGUGCCCGAGUACCAGGACGGCAAGACGGACGAGGCCUUUGUGCUGUACAAGAGCUACGAUGACGAGCCGGCGGCGGGUGACAAUGCCCAGAGUCGGCAGGCGGGCGGACAGCAGCAGCCGCAGGGUCAGAGGGAGACCCCCAAGGUGAUUGUGGACAUGCGGGAGUUCCGCUCGGACCUGCCCUGCCUCAUCCACAAGCGGGGGCUGGAGGUGCUGCCGCUGACCAUCGCCAUCGGUGACUACAUACUGACGCCGGAGGUGUGCGUGGAGCGCAAGUCAAUAUCGGAUCUGAUUGGGUCCCUCAACUCCGGCCGGCUGUACAAUCAGUGCGUGCAGAUGCAGCGCCACUACGCUAAGCCCAUACUGCUCAUUGAGUUCGACCAGAACAAGCCCUUCCAUCUGCAGGGCAAGUUCAUGUUGUCGCAGCAGACGACGGCCACCAAUGCGGAUAUUGUGCAGAAGCUGCAGCUGCUCACGCUGCACUUCCCACGGCUGCGGCUCAUCUGGUCGCCCAGUCCGUACGCGACGGCCCAGCUGUUCGAGGAACUGAAGCUGGGCAAGCCGCAGCCGGAUCCCCGCCAGGCCGUUGCCCUGGGCAGCGAGGAGCCCGUGGCCGGCGAGCAGCUGCAGUAUAACAGCGGCAUACAUGACUUCCUGCUCCGCCUGCCCGGCGUUCAAACGCGCAACGUGCACGCCCUGCUGCGUAAGGGCGGCAGCCUGCGCCAGCUGCUGUUGCGCACCCAGGCGGAGCUGUCCGAGCUGCUGCAGUCGCAGGAGUGCGGCAAGCUGCUCUACGACAUUCUGCAUGUGGCCCAUUUGCCCGAGAAGGACGAGGUGGCUGGCUCCACGGCCCUGCUGGCUGCUGGCAAACAGUUUGGCGCCGGCUCGCACAAUCGGUUCAGGAAGGCCGCCGUCGAGGCGCGUCGGGGUCGGCGCUGAACAGCGGAAACAGGAGGCGGAGAAGGCAGAGCAAGAGGAGAAGUGCGGCCAGGCGUACAGUGCAGAGUAAACAGAGAGCGCAAAAUUAUGGAAAUUUUUAAACGUUGCAAUUAAAUCGGAUGAAACAGCAGCAGCAGGAGCAGGUAGAUGUCUGGCCAACGCAGACAACGUUGACAAUCGGGGACAGUGAUGACCCAUGGGGAUGCCAGCGGACAACGGGACAACGGGCCAGCGACUACUGCAGCGGUUGCUGCAGUUGCCCAUCAGGGAAGGGACCGGUGCAUAUAAAAUCAAUUUUCAAUACAUUUUUAAUUGCCUUCGCCUGAUGAGAGAGAGAGAGAGAGCAACUCCCGCCGGUGCCCGAAAACUCCACCGAAUGGUGGUAGCAGGAGCAGGAGAAGCAUCUGCCGCUGCAUGGACAGACCCCGUGAUACACAUGGCAGCAAUAGAGCUCUGUUGCCCGGCAGCCUGCAUUAUAAAAUAGCGAAAAACUGCUGGAAAUAAGAAAUAAAUGUAUGAAUAAGGCUAUAAAAACACACAUUGAGGGUACGUUUUAUAAGUGCACAAUGUACAUACUAUA